AGAUGAGUAUGCCGAGAGUAGACGCUGACUGGCCUAUCACCAGUGUGUAGAGAGAGAGAGAGAGACAAGCCGGUAUCACUCCAUCUAGAUCCAGCUCCACCCGGAGACGGUUACCAUGGCGCAGGCAAUGAUGCGGGGGAUGGCCGAUGGUGGACCGAGGGAGGGGUACACCAUUGAGAACUACUAUGCACAGGCUCCAGGCCACCAUCGCUCUCGCAUACCAGUUCGUUAUGGUUAUGCCAACACCAACUCCAGCAAUAGCAACAGUCUUGAGGUGAAUGGAACCUCGGAUGUUGAUCUGUCUCAAGUCCAGCGGUGUGAAUGCUGUCCGUACGGCUACCACAUUGAUCUUGACUUUGUCAACUUCUGCGAAGACAUCUCUUCUGGUGCCAACUUGAAGAAGAUUAAGAAGACAAAGCGAUCUCGGUCACGCAAUGCAGUGAAAAGCAUUCGCCCCCCACCACCGCUCAUUCCACCGCGGAGUAGCUCCCUGCCCCCCAAGAGGCCCAAGAAAUCGAAGGAGAAGUUAGAACCAGAGAAGAUCCUUGAAAAGGAAAAUGCAGCAUUUUGGAAGAUCUACCAGCAGUUUGCAAAGCUGCUGCGGAAAGAGUCCAAGUUUGGGGAUUUGAACCUGCCAGCAGUGGAAGCAAGUUUUCUGGAUACCCAAAGUUUGCCACCCGAGGGUUAUGACCAAAGCUUGAGUGAUCUUGAGACGGAGAGUGUCACAUCGCUCCCUCAGGGGUAUCCUCCUGAGAUGGAGCGCAGGAGUAGUCUUCCAAGCUAUCAGAUUCUUCAGGAUGCUCUCAAUAACAAGAUGGACAUCUACAAUAGCAACAUCAAUGGUCCUCUUUCUAUCUCCAACCUGAUUUCCAUGUCCCAUCAGAGUGGCUCCACCAGUUCUCUCUCCUCUACGGGAAGUUCAAGUGCUUUCUCCCCCAUUCCCAAUGGAGGUUCUUACACAGAUAUUGACUACAUGAAGCGGCCGUUGAGUAGCGCUUCCAGCAUAGGGGAACUGUCUACAGCAUCAGGGCGAUCCACGCCGUCAUCUGUCAGCACAAAUGCAUUGUCAGCUGUUAGACAGCAAAUGGCUACAGCCCUGUUACGCCUAAAGCAGCUUGAAGAACAGGUCAAGGCUAUCCCAGUCCUCCAGGUCAAGAUCUCUGUUUUGAAGGAAGAAAAGCGGUUACUUAUGUUGCAGCUGAAAUCAAAGAGCAAGGAGAGGCACCUUCGACAUGUUGGUGUCUGUGAUGGUGUCGUUGAGGUCGAUGGGGUGAUAACAAUCAAUGGAGAUUCGUCCACCCCAUAUUAUGAACUUCCCAAUACCGAUAUGAUUCCUACAAGUGUAAGGUCACCUAAACCCACCCGCCCCUUCAGUCCUGGUAGCCCAGGUAGAUCACCCUCUCCAAGGUUUGGCUUCCAUGGUGGAAGGGCUAGUAGCCCUGGACCAGCGUCCCCUGGGGUAACACGUCGCACCAGUAGCCCCGGUCCUCUAAGCCCCACACCAUCUUCCCCUCAACAUAGACUCAUGUCCCCUUUGAAAUCACCACAGCACAGAACGCAGGGACCUCCCACAUCCCCCAAGCCAUCAAUCCCAAAAGGGAAACCCAACCCACCCCCUGUCCCACCAAAGAAAGCCUAUGUAACACCUGUUCCGAGGGCCAAGGCAGAAACUAGAUCAGUGGGUGUGGAUGCUAACAUGAUCACCGCAUUGAAAUCUCCCGAGACAAAAUCCAUCGGGAUCAACGUGGAUUUAAUUUCAGAAGCGGAGAAACCAAAUACUGCAAAGGUCAUUGAGAGGAAAAGCAAGAUGCAGCCGGUGAAAUUGUCAAGCGUUCAUUUACGCACCGUUCGCAGCCUGUCAGCCUGGGAUAAUAAACGGAGCGUGAAUGGCUCAGGGGGCGGUGCCGAUCCUAAGAAGGCUGGGAGCGAGGGAAAUGGUUCAUCAGCUGAUGGAGAGGCAGGGGGGAAGGGGGUAAUCAGGGAGGGUCUGAUUACACCAAUCAGGGUUAAUAAUGUCUCCUCCCCCUCACCUGGUUCUAACGCUGACUCAACCAGUGAACACCCAACUUCAACAUUAACCAGCUUCACAACCUUGUUACCUCAAUCACCCUCCACAGCUAAUUCAUUGCAGCAGGACUGCAAUGAAAGACUUAUUUCUCCCGCCACGCUAAAUACACAAACCUACACAGCACCCCCUUCACACCAUCAAGCCGUUGCCAAGAAUGUUUGUGAACGUGGCACAGUGACGGACAAUAUCCAAACCAGGAUUAUGGGAACUAACACCAAACCACCUGUUUCAGCCAAGCGUUCGGAUGCGAACGUCGGUACCGACCUGCAAGGCAGCUCAACAUCGAAGACCGAUGCGUCAGUUACUGCAAGGAUACAACCAAGCAAUAUGCAAUCUACUGAAACAGAAGUGAUCGAGAUGGUCGAGUUUGGAGCCAAUACGUCGGUCAAAUGUGAGGAAAGCGGAGUCAAUACGGUCGGCAUCUUGACCGAGGAGAGGGGAACGUGUCCUGGAUUGUCUUUUGACAAUGUCCGGUAUUUUAAAUCGGUUGUGGGUAUAGACUCUGGGUUCAGUACUGCUGAGAAAGGUGUGGAAGCUCUCCCUGAAAGAAGCCCAUGCCAAGAUUCCUUUACCAGUACUGAAAUCACCCAGGCCAAGGAUAGUGAUACAAACACUGAAAACGCUAAACUUGUGACAAGCUCAUCCAAUACAGACAGGCAAGCUGAAUAUGUGGAUAGUUGCGUUGGGGAUGAUAUUGACUUGAAUGACAUUAUCUGCUGCCGGAAAGUAGAUACACACACCAUCGGUACUAAUACCAGCCAAAUGUUGGAGUCGAGGUUGCGUACAGUCGGCGUAGGAUCAUGCUCGGUGGCUGAUAGCUAUUGCGUUAAGUGUGAUAACAUCCAGACAAGAACAAUUGGAAUCGGGGGAGGGAGAAUAUCUGAGAGUAGCACAAGAACACGUACAAUAGGGACGAAUCACAGCGUGCUCUCAAAGACAAUCGGCGUCGGAUCCGACAUCGUUUGUGAUCCUAAAUCACUGCUUGGUUCUGUCAAUGUGGCAGUGGGAGACCGUGAUGUGAAUGAUGCAAUGUGUAAUCUUUGUGAUAAAAAACAGCAAAGGACAAUCGGCUUGGGGAUAAGGAUACCCACUCGUGAUGCUGCCAUCGGAGACGGACCCGUCCCUGACCAAAGGAACAUUGGUAUUGGACUCUGCACUGUCAUGGAUAGAAUCUGUGACAGGUGCGACAACCUAAAAACCGUUUCUGUCGGUAUCGGUAGUUCCGAUGUCAACCGAUACACGCAUUCGCGUUCCAUCCAAGUCGACGAGGUUUCUCCAGACUCUGCAAUAGUAGCUCCUCUGUGCUCAAGCCCAACCAAGUUCGGGCUUACCACGUUUGCGAGGCUCUACAGCGAUGAUAAUGACUCUGUAUUUUUGACGGAAACAUCGUUGGACACGACUGUUGAUGUUGUGACUGUGGAAUCUAGUGUUGAAGAUGUCGAUGAUGCUCCUCUAACGACAACCCUUGCGGAGAUGAUGGGUGAGGAGAUAAAACCAGCUGACUUCCAACAACUUCACCAUGCUUUUACACCAGUGUUCUCUAAAUCUACACAAUUGCAAGAAUCUGAAGAUCUUCCAAGAAACAUGGCACCCCAUCGUGAGAAUGGAUCCUCCCCGCCCGACGGUACUGUCUCCACAGGAUCACUGGACUAUGAGAUUCACGUUACCAUGGAUGAGCAAAGCAUGCUGGGAAAUGGAUUUAGUAAUCCCCACGCUAUACUAGCCGAUGAGAGUCCAGGUGCUACUGCUCCCAAGACUACUCUGGCAGCUACCAUUAUGAAGAGGGGAAGUCAAGACUCUGGAACGGAGGGACAUCUGAGUGAGACAGAGCACCCAGAAUUGAAGGUUUUAAACAGCUCAGUGGUGAGCUCCAGUAGCUCCAGCAGCGACUCCUCUGAGACGGACUCUGACAGCUCCAACACCACCAGCUCCACCUCCUCCAGUGAGGACCUCGGCUCCUUGCCUGGAUCCCCUCCCAAGAGCUCCUCCUCCACCAGGAGCAGCAGGAGCAGUGGGAAGAGGAAGGGAAAGAAGGAGGUGGAGGGACAGGAGAAUGCAGGAGUGAAGAAGAACGGGGCGAUGGAGACGAUGGUUGGAGAGGAGACGAGGCUUGCUUGUAUCUCGUUGGGGAAACUGAUGCUGAAACCAGGAGACAGUCACACCAAGGAUCGACUGACAUCUUGCAUGGCGACGGUCACAAAGGACUGGUUCCGCAUCACAAGCCAGAAGUCAUCUGACCCACAGCAGGUCAAGGGUUUCCUAGAGGUCAUCGCAAAGGAUGCUGGGAAGGCUGUCCUGGAGAGAAUUGUCAACAUUGCUGACAGCAAUGGUAACACGGCUCUCCACUACUCCGUCUCCCACGGCAACUUCGACAUCGUCCUCCUCCUCCUCGACACCGAGGUGUGUCAGACAGACAAGCCCAACAGGGCGGGGUAUACCACCAUCAUGCUGGCGUCCUUGGUUCCUAUCCAGAAUGAGAAACACGCCAAUGUGGUCUCCAGGCUCUUCAGAGAAGGCGAUGUCAAUCAGCGGGCUAGCCAGGCUGGUCAAACUGCUCUGAUGUUAGCAGUCAGUAAAGGUAGACUGGACAUGGUCAAGCUUCUGUUGACCUCUGGUAGUGAUGUCAAUACACAAGAUGAGGAUGGUUCUACAGCCUUGAUGUGUGCCAGUGAACAUGGUCAUCUUGAUAUUGUUAAAGUUCUACUCGCUCAUCCACAGUGUGACCCACACCUAGAAGAUAAUGAUGGAAGCAAUGCCUUUUCUAUCGCUAUGGAGGCUGGGCAUAAAGACAUUGGUGUCUUACUUUAUGCUCAUAUGAAUUUUGGCAAGCAAUCCAGCUCAUCGAAAAAGAAAUCACCUGGACCUUCAAGCCCUCAGCGCCACAUGUCAUCAAGUGCUAUGAAUCACCCUCGCAGUCACUCCAUCAGCUUAUCACAAGGCCCUUCAAGAAGCACAUCUUCCUCCAGUAUUUCAAGCCUACCAGCACAACCUACCACCAGUCAUCAAGAAACAUCCUCCACCAUGAACAAGAGAGGGCGCUCCAUGUUAAACCUCAACACGGUUGCCAGCUCCUCCAGUCCGGCAAGCGGGGGCACGAAUGGGUCGAGCGCCACGACGACGAGCCGAUCGCAGACCACCUCACCUACUACCGAAGAUCUUCCACCCGCGCAGCUCUUCCGAAGUCGAUCGCUGAGCCCGUCGUCCCGCACCCCAUCGUUCAAAGCACUCCAACUCCCAAAGGGACCGAACGCCGGCCACUCGAGUCGCAUUCCUACCCCACCGAGUGGUUCGCCGAAGCGCGUCGCCGCGAUCCUGGCAGCCCAGCGAUCGUCGUCUGCACACUCCGCUCACCGCAACUGUGGCUCGCCUGCCAAUGGUGGGGAGAGUCCUGCUGCCCAGCGCAGGACGUCUCCCACCAAGAAGACGUAUGGUGCACAAGGUAAAGCCAACAGCACAGGGUCUAGCAGUGCAAGGAGUAGCCCAAGACAAACUCCAUUACAGAAGAAAGGCAUCAAACCAGCCAGUAAAUAUUCAACUGUCUGAGAACGGGAAUUGUUGAUUAUUGACUUUCGUGCAACAUGAAGCAAUGAUAAUGAUGAUAAUACUACAACAAAUAAGGGUAUGGGAAUUUUUUGUAAUGAUGUCAACUGCAAUACUCUUUUGAUAAAAUGAGUAUUCUUGAACUGUUUGUCCAGAACAUUAGAGCAGCAUUCUAAUACAUGAAAACCUCUGGUGCUAUCUCUCUUUAAAGUAAUGACUAUUUGAAAAAAAAAAGGAUAAUACUAUUGUAUAGAAUCUUCAAACUUAAGGUGCUAUAACCUACUUGAACAAAGAAUUUCCAUGAAAAAUUGCUAUGCAAGAUGUAUUUAAAAAAAAUCAUUUUUCAACAAAAAUGAUUCAAGACUUCAAGAGAUUUGUGAAGAAAGUACAUAAAUGAAUUAGUUUUUUCCCAUUAAAAUGAGUUGAAGAUGUGGAAGCAAGAUUGAAAGAAGGCAUAUCAGUAAAAAAAAAAACAAGAAUUUUAUGGAUACUGCUAUGAUCUUGAGGGUAAAAGAAUUAAUUAGGAACAAGAUUGAAAGUAUCAAUCAAAGAAUUGAAAUAAAGAUUGGAUACUAUCUUGUAAUUAAAGACAAUGGAGCAAAAUUCAAAUACUCUCUUGAAAAAAAGGGGAAAAAAGACAGAAGUAUAGAAGCAAGAUUCAAAGUAUCAAUCAAGAAAUCAAAAUAUAGAUUGGAUACUAUCUUGUAAUUAAAGUAAAUGGAGCAAAAUUCAAAUACUGUCUUGGAAAAAAGAAAGAAAAAAAGACAGAAGUAUAGAAGCAAGAUUCAAAGUAUCAAUCAAGAAAUCAAAAUAUAGAUUGGAUACUAUCUUGUAAUAAAAGUAAAUGGAGCAAGAUUCAAAUACUGUCUUGAAAAGAAAAAAGGCAGAAGUAUAAAAGCAAGAUUCAAAGUAUCAAUCCAGAAAUUGAAAUAUAGAUUGGAUACUAUCUUGUAUUAACUUAAAUUUGAGCAAGUUUUGGAUUGUCUUGGAAAAAAGGAAAAAGAAAGAAGUAAAGCAAGAUUUAAAGUAUCAAUCAAGAAAAUGAAAUACAGAUUGGAUACUAUCUUGUAUGUUAAAUAAGAUUUAAAUACUUUCUUGGAAUAAAAAGAAGAACAAAAUUGACAUAUGUAAAACAAGAUUCAAAGUAUCAAUCAAGAAAUUGAAACAUAGAUUGGAUACUAUCUUGUAUAGUAACUUAAAUUUGAGCAAGAUUAAAGUUCUGUCUUCGAAAAAUAGGAAAAGAGAAACAAGUAAAGCAAGAUUCAAAGUAUCAAUCAAGAAUUAGAAUAUAGAUUGGAUACUAUCUUGUAACAAAGGCAGAAUUUAAUCGUUUUUUAGAAUGAAAAAGUAAUAAGAUGAUAUUAUGAAGUUACAUGAAGUAGACCAAAGUGAAAAUCUGCCAAUUAAAAAAUGAAGAAUAUAUCAAAUCAAGAUUCAAAGUAUCAAUCAAGAAAAAACAUGUAAAAUUUGAUUGGAUACAAUCUUGAAAUUAAGUUGAAAAUGGAGGAUUGCACUUCAGAUUUUGUAAAUUACUAAAGAGGAGCAUGAAAAUGGCAGUCUUGUUCUGAAAUAGAAUAAUUACAGUAUGUGAAACGAAUGUGUAGUGGUUCCUUGAAGAUGUGCUCCAGAAUUGGGCUUUAAUGCCUAAUUAUAGUUUAAUCAUGAAAACCUGAAAAUGAAAUUCUUGUUGGCUGUUUUGUGAAAUAUGUAAGAACAGAUGAUCAUGGUUAUUCAGAGAAUUUACAUGUACACACCGGAUUUCCAUUUAUAUUGUUUAGCUCCUAAGAAAGGAUCACCAGUCAUUCGUAAAGUUGCUCAUAACUUAUGAACAGCUUUAUGUUCUUUUAAUUAACAAUUAUGAAUAAAAUGGAAGAUGAAAAAGAAAAAUGUUUUAAAAUCAAGAUGACUGAGGGAAAUCACCAAACGUUUAUAAUAGAAGUCAGAGUUUGAAGAGAGAAAUAUAAUUAUUCAUGAUUUAAGGAUGCUGCCAUAUGUUCUGGACUUUGAAUAAGAGUAUAUGUUCACUGAAUCAUGCAGCAUUUUUCAUCAAGGGAUAAUACUGAAAAGUGUACAAACAAAAUAUGUAUUCUUCACCAUAAACUUUCAAUUUUAGAUUAAAAAAUAUACCGGUAAGCAGCUGUGACUGGAAAGGAUUACUGGUAAUAAGGUCACAAAGUGUUCAUUUUGUCACCAACAAGGGAUGUAUAUUUUUGUAAGAAAGACGAUUUUGUAAUUCCAUAUAUUUCAAAAAUAAAAGUUGUAUAAUAGAUUGAUCUUGAAUGUUAUUUAUGUAGUAUUUGCUGGUCAUAUACAGAUUUAUUGCAUGCACAUUUUUGUUAUGGUCAUCAUUCAUGACAUUUUUAUACAAUGAGCUCAUGAAUAUGUUUUUUGAUCAAACGGAAAGAUUAAUGAAUUGAAAAAGAGUGAAGGAUUGCAGAAAGAUCACUGUAGUGAGAUAAUUGAUGGAUUUGUAAAUAAGAAGUUAAUGAUUUGGUAAAAUUUUGGUAUUGAAUACAAGAGUGUGAAUACAUUUACUAUGUUAUGUGUAAGGUUAUGUUGUGGUGCAAUAGUAACCUAGUUUUUAUUUCUUCAUGGAUAAAUAAUGUUCAUUGGGUAGGAGUUAUUUUAACAAAAUUUGUUUUCAGCACUUUUUUGGAUACAAAUCCUCAUAAAUUCUUAUCCUAUGAAACACAAACAUAUUCAAUACAAAAUAUGGAAGAUUUAUGUCAAUUUUUAUAUCUUACUGAAUGUAUAAGGAGAUGUAUAUGAUAUGUUUUUGCAGGCAUAAAUAUAUUAGUUUCUUUUUAGCUACAAUGUAUUUGUCUCAAUAUACUGCAAUGUAUUAUUUCAUGCUUUGUGAUUUCAUGAUGUAUAAUGUGGAAGCGUGUAGAUUUAUUAAUUUAUUGCGUGAUAAUUUAUAUAUUUGUGUGUUAGUGAUUAUGAGUGCAAAACGUUGAAUAUUUUCUUUUUAACCCCAAAGCAGCAACACUUAUGCAGUUUUAUUGUAUAUAGUCCGUAUAUGUUAUAUUUUCUGUAGAUUCAAACAAUUAAUCAUAUGAUUUACAGAAUAGAUUGAAGUUCAUUAUGUGUUUGAAAUUUAUUGGUAUAUCAAUGUUUUGAAUUGUUUUCCCCAUGUUUAUAUGACUGUAUUAAAAGAUACUAGCGUUACAUGUAUAUCUGAAUAUUAUAUGCAAACAGAAAGUUAACAUUAUUCUGUGUUGCGUAAUAUAUCAAACAAGAAACAAUGUCAAAACAAAUAUUACUUUGUUGGAAUAGUAGCAAAACAUCAACUCGUACUGGUAAAAUACAUUGGCAUUUUGAUAUGUUAAAUAUCUGUUUACUAUUUCAUUUAUUUAUAUUUCAUUCAUUUUAUCGUUAGUUUAUUAUAUUCAGUGUGCUGCAUAUUAUGUAUGUUUAUAACGGGUCACUAAAAUAUUAAUAUAUUUCUUUGAAGCAUUAUACACUAUGUUACAAGAGAUAUUAUUACCUUUCUGUUUUCUGCAAUGAUGCAUGUUAUGUAUCCACCCCAAUAUCAUUUUGAUAUGAAGAUGAAAUAACAAAAAAAUGAUUACAAUAUAUACCUGCACUGACUACAAGGCCUAAAUUUCUUUAGAAUCCAUGGCCAUUGAUGUCUAUUUUAAUUUUUGUCAUUUGAGAAAGAUAAGUUUGGUAUAGAAAAGUGGCCUUGCCCCUACUUUUUUUUUAAUUUAAGGCCUAUGAAUUGUCGAAAGCAAGUUGAUUAUGUUUAAGAACUCAUACCUUUGUCAUGAUCACUGCCAUGUAAAACAACAUAAAUCUUUCCUCACACAUGUUGCGAAUUAUGUUUUUAGUAUUUCAAAGAGUUAUAAUUGCAGAAAGUUUCUAUUUUAAAAUUGCCAUUUUACUCCUACCAGAAUAAUAUUAAUUUUUCCUGAUGUGGAUUGAUUUUUGGAAAAGGAACGGUUUCUUCCCAUGUGUGUAAUGAUGUUGAAAGGGAAUAAAAAGUGACAAAUUUUGUAUACAAAGUAAA